AAGGAAAAUAAAACAAAGAUGCAACUUUCCUCUCUGUUUUCCGUAUCUCUGGUCAUCAUCGCUUUGGCAACAAGCCACGUCGACGCUUUCACCAGACACGAUUUUCCAAAGGAUUUCCUCUUUGGAGCUGCUUCUUCUGCGUAUCAGUGGGAAGGAGCUUUUGAUGAAGAAGGAAGGACUCCAAGCGUUUGGGAUACUUUCGCCCACUCUAAUAAUAUGGGUGAUGGAGAUAUAGCAUGUGAUGGCUAUCACAAAUACAAGGAAGAUGUUAAGCUGAUGGCAGAAAUGGGUUUAGAAGCUUUCAGAUUCUCCAUUUCAUGGACAAGGCUUAUACCUAAUGGAAGAGGACCCAUUAACCCAAAAGGUUUAUGGUUUUACAAGAACCUUAUCAAAGAACUACGAAACCAUGGAAUCGAACCACAUGUUACACUUUACCACUAUGAUCUUCCUCAAACUUUUGAAGAUGAGUAUGGAGGAUGGAUCAACCGCAAAAUCAUAGAAGACUUCACUGCUUUUGCAGAUGUAUGCUUCAGAGAGUUUGGGGAUGAUGUCAAGUUAUGGACUACAAUCAACGAAGCUACAAUAUUCGCCAUUGCUUCUUAUAGCGAAGGAUUCGCGCCACCGGGACAUUGUUCUCCUUCCAAAUUCAGCAAUUGCUCUACCGGAAAUUCUUCUACUGAACCAUAUCUUGCAGGCCAUAACAUGUUGUUAGCUCAUGCCUCUGCGUCAAAAUUGUAUAGACUAAAGUACAAGAGUAAGCAGAGAGGAUCCGUAGGCUUUAGCAUAUAUGCAUUUGGGUUAUCUCCUUAUAGUAACUCCAAGGACGAUCAAAUCGCAACUCAAAGAGCUGAAGCUUUCCUCUUUGGCUGGAUGUUGAAGCCUUUGGUGUUUGGGAAGUAUCCAGAUGAAAUGAAGAGAAUCUUGGGAUCGAGGUUACCAGUUUUCUCAGAGGAAGAGUCCGAGCAAGUUAAAGGAUCAUCUGACUUUGUAGGAAUUAUCCACUACAUGACAGUCUAUGUCAAAAACAAUAAACCUACACCUCCUCUUCUUCCCAGCAGACAUGACUUCUAUACAGACAUGGGCGCAGAGACUAUAUUCAUGGAGAAUUCUACAUUCUUCGAGUGGGAGGCUACUCCACAAGGUCUUGAAAGUGUGUUGGAAAAUCUGAAGCAGAACUAUAACAAUCCUCCAAUCUACAUUCUUGAGAACGGUAAACCGAUGAAACAUGGUUCGACGCUACAAGACUCAGAAAGAGUUGAAUACAUUCAAGCUUACCUUGGUGCUGCGCUCAACGCCAUCAAGAACGGAUCGGACACAAGAAGUUACUUUGUAUGGUCGAUGAUAGAUUUGUACGAGUUGUUGAGUGGAUACAUGUACAGUUAUGGGAUGUACUAUGUGAAUUUCAGCGAUCCUGGUCUCAAGAGGUCUCCAAAGCUCUCUGCUUCUUGGUACUCUGGUUUUCUCAAUGGUACAGUUGAUAUUGAUCCUCAAGCUAUUACUCGGUUACAGAGCAACUUCUCUGAAGGAGUAAAUAGAUUUGGGAAAACAGGAAUCGAACCACAAGUUACACUUUACCACUAUGAUCUUCCUCAGCCUCUUGAAGAUGAGUAUGGAGGAUGGAUCAACCGCAAAAUCAUAGAGUUUGGGGAUGAUGUCAAGUUAUGGACUACAGUCAACGAAGCUAACAUAUUCGCCGUUGGUGCUUACAGCGGAGGGAUGUUGAAGCCUUUGGAAUUUGGAGACUAUCCGGAUGUAAUGAAAAGAAGCUUGGGAUCGAGGUUGCCGGUUUUCUCAGAGGAAGAGUCGGAGAAAGUUAAAGGUUCGUCUGAUUUUGUUGGAAUCAUCCACUACACGACACUCUACGUAAGAAAGCGUAGACCCGCACCUUCUGUCCUUCCCAGCAACCGAGAGUUCUUCACAGACAUGGGAGUAGAUAUGCUCUGUAAGCCCUACUUUGCUUUCAUCAUUAAUCAAUCUGAGAAAAGUCGUCUCGACUCUUUUUGGCUGAUAAUUCUUCUUUUCUUUUCACAGUCAUUGGGGAAUCCUCAUUCGUGGGAUAAUGUUCCAUGGGGUUUUGAAAUUGUCUUGGAGUAUCUGAAACAUAACUAUGACAAUCCUCCAAUCUACAUUCUUGAAAGCGGCAAACCGAUGGAACACGGUUCGGGGCUACAAGACGCACCGAGAGCUGAAUACAUCGAAUCUUGCAUUGGUGCUGUGCUCAACGCCAUCAAGAAUGGAUCCGACACGAGAGGUUACUUUGUAUGGUCGAUGAUUGACCUGUACGAGUUAUUGUUUGAUUACAAGAACAGCUAUGGAAUGUACUAUGUGAAUUUCAGCGAUCCUGAUCUCAAGAGGUCUCCAAAGCUCUCUGCCUCUUGGUACUCUGGUUUUCUCAAUGGUACGAUUGAUGCUGAUCCUCAAGCCAUCACUCGCUUACAGAGCAACUUCUCUGGUUCCUCUUCAUUCUAAUCUUCUCGUACACAAAUAUAAAUAAGGAUCCA